UAUCUAUCUUCCACUCAUUUUCAUAACCAAUCUAUAUUUAGAACUUGUUUUACUAAAUUUUAAAUCCAUUUAUAUACAUAUGUAUCUAUCUCAACUGAAAACCUUCAUUGCCUGAUUCCGAAUACAAUUCCCGGACGGAUUCGCCGAUUUCCGGGAAGAGUGCUCCUCCGAUUCUACGAGCAAAGGAGGAAAGGUUAAGAUUAGAAGAUUUGGAGAAAAAGGAGUCCAAGAAGCUAACAAAAGUGACACAAAAUAAUAAUAUAUAACAAUGGCAUUUCCAAUUUUUGAUGGACAUGUUAUUGGCCUUAUAUCCUAUAACCUAUCAAUCAGGACUCCUAAUUCUAAGGAAAAGAACGGCGGCUCAACAGCUGCGGAUGAUGUGAACAGUGACAUCAUACCAUCAGCAUCCAUGCUAAAGCAAUUAGCAAUAGGUGUUGAGACUACAAAAAUUGUAAAGUCAAUGAAGGAUUUGAUGAUAUUAGCAAGAGAUUAUUCACCAGUGAAAGAGAGAGCUGGUUUGAGCUUAUAUGCCAUGAAGUCUUUUGUAGUUGGGGAGAAAGAAGAUAAGUUUGCCGCUGAGUUCGGUCGUGAUGAAAAAGUAAUGUCUUUUAUCCAUUUGCUCAUGGAUCCAGAAGGACAUCUUUCGAGAAGGAAAACUAGAUCUUGUAUGGAUAAAGCUCCAAAAGUUACUAAAUUUUCCAAAGAAGUUCAUGGUGCUCCUCCAGAAAGCUUUGUUCCGGAGCUUGCUGAAGCCAUGGGAAGCAUAAAAACUUUGAAGAAAAUGGCGUUGUUUUGGAGUAGGGUUGUUAUGGAAUUGAGAAGGCUAUGGUGUGAAGGAAAACAUAUUCCCGGCAUCCCAACAGACGAAAUUCCAAAUUUAAAUUCCUGUCUGUUACAUCAGCAGUUGCAGGUUAUCAAUUGCUGUAUUUCUAGAAAACAACGCCGCGCUAUUGCCACUGCAUCACUAGAUUCUGUUCUGAAACAAGCCAAUAAUAUUGCUGAAUUGUCACAUCCUCCUGCGGAUCUUCUUCCGGAAAGCCCUCAUGUGUAUGCUCGAAUUAGCUCCGGGAAAUUUGUGCUUCGGUUAGGAGCUGACAAACAACUUGAAAACACAACAUUAUUGGAUACUGGUGAACCUGUAUACACCCCGGUUAUGCAGGAAUGGCCGCUUCUCACAGAAGAUAUCAUCAAAGAAACGGAGGAAUUUGUAUUACGUACAGGGAGUGUUGGUGCAGGGUGUUCUCAGCUUCUUUCCGAUAUGCAGGCUUUCAAGGCAGCAAAUCCAGGGAGCAUAUUAGAAGAUUUCGUAAGAUGGCAUUCACCCCCUGAUUGGACAGAAACAAAUGACGAAAGUAAACAAGCUACCGGUGGUGAUAUUUCGCCUUCUAGAGGACACCUGAGUACACGUAUGCAGAAAGAAGGUAAUUUAUGGCGAGAACUAUGGCAAACCGCAAAACCAAUACCUGCUAUUAGACAGGCUCCGUUAUACUAUGAGGAUUUAUCUGUUGAAGGGAUUCUGAAUGGAUUGGAGAAUAUCUCACCUUCUAGUUUGUUUGAGCAGUUGUUUGUUUCGCUUCUCAGUUCAGGAUGCGCAAUUGCCGAGGCUAGAGUCUCGAGUAAUGAAUUUCUGUACAAGGUGUUCAAGGAGUGCAAAGACUAUAUUGUCCUUAUUUGUCAAAGCAAAAAUUGGGUCGAGAAAGCCAACGAUAUAUGCCAGGUGUAUGAGACGAUGGCCGUGAUGGCAUUGGACCCUGAAAGGGUCAUAAAGAUCAUGAACGCACAGCCUGAUCAGACGCAUACAAAAGAGGAUCCAAAUAAGCUCCGGAAAACACCAUCAAAGAACCAAAAAGACAACCCAACAGCCGCACAGUCCUCAACAAUGUUUUCAAAGAAGCCAGCGAAACCAAUCUCCUGCUGAGAACUAAGUCGGUUCUACUGAAAACAAACGUAUAUACCCCAUAAUGGAGCUACCUGGCUAGACACCAUGUAUAUAAAUAUUACUAUCUUAUUAUGAUUUAACUAUGAAGUAUCUGAAAGUUGACAAUGCAA